CGAUGUCCUCGAGGCCCAACGGGAGUCCACCUCCCUACGAGUCAGACGGAUACAACGUCCCUCCUCCUCAGCCGGCGUACUCUUACUACCCCGACGAUGAGUUCCAGCAUUUCUACCGCUGGACGUCUCCGCCUGGAAUCCUCAAAAUCAUGUCCGUCAUCACGUUGGUGCUGUGCUUGGCCAUAUUCGCCUGCGUAGCCUCCACCUUGGCGUGGGACUCUCAGGGGGCGUUGGGCGGCUUCGGCGGCGGCGGAUACGGCGGGGGCGGAUACGGCGGCGGAGGCUACGGUGGCUACGGCAGCUUCGGCGGCGGCGGCUACGGAGCGGGAAACAACUACGGCUACGGCAGCCUCGGAGGGAACUACAACGACCCCAGAGCCGGGAAAGGCUUCAUCAUCGCCAUGGCAACCUUCACUUUCAUCUUCGCCCUGGUCGUCUUCAUCAUCAUCGUGUCUCACCAGAGCCUGACGGAGAGCCGGAGGUUCUACCUGGCCGUGCUGAUCGUGUCGGCCAUCUUGGCUCUGCUGAUGCUCAUCGCGUCCAUCGUGUACUUGGUGGCGGUGAACCCGAUGGCGCAGUCGUCCGGUUCGGCCUACGGGAGUCAGAUCGCCGGACUUUGUGCUCAGUACCAACGACCGCAACCGUCGGGAGUGUUUGUGAAUCAGUAUCUCUACCACUACUGCGUCGUCGAGCCUCAAGAGGCCAUCGCCAUCGUGUGCGGUUUCCUGGUGACGGCGGCGCUCAUCAUCAUGCUCGUCUUCGCUCUGAAGACUCGCCAAAAGAUCCAAAACUACGGCAAGAGCAACAUUUUGUGGAAGAAGGUGAAGAUCAUCGACGACAUGGAGCCUCCUCAGGACGUAGAGGCGUGGGUGAACAAUGUGUCCGUCCCGGCCGAGGAAGUCCCGAUGGCAGCAUACCCCGAGAAGCUGAGAGGCUCCAGGAGUCACCUAGACGACGAGAGCAACUACGACAAACCUCCGUACAGCUACACACCGCAGCCUGCAUCAGAGGAGGAAAGGCCUCUGCAGAACGGAGGUCCGUACAGCAGUCACUCGGAGGCUCCGAGCUCCGCAGGAAGACCCAAAAAGAGGCGUGCGGGUCGACCUCGCCGCGUCGACGGAGAAGGUUACGACACGGACUACAACUCCUCUGGAGACGAGCUGGACGAUGACGACUUCUUCAGUGAAUUUCCUCCGAUCACCAACGAGCAGGACCGUAACAGCUACAAGCGCGAGUUCGACCGCGACCACCUGGAGUACAAAGACAUGCAGGCGGAGCUGGACGCCAUCAACAGGAAGUUGGCAGAGGUCGACAGAGAGCUGGAUGACCUGCAGGAAGGAAGUCCUCAGUACCUGGAUGCGAUGGACGAGUACAGCAGGAUAAAAGCCAUGAAACGGUCUGCAGACUACCAGAUGAAGAAGCGUCGCUGUAAAUAUCUGAAGGGGAAACUGAACCACAUCAAGAAGAUGGUCGGCGACUACGACCGAGCCUGA